AUGGUCACAAGUAGUGGUUUGCUAGAAAUGGAGGAUAAUAUGGCAGCUGGUGCUUCAAUUAAUGCUCAAUAUGAUGAUGAUGAUAAUUACAUCAGGGAGCAAGAGCGAUUGUUGCCAAUAGCAAACGUUGUCAGGAUCAUGAAGCAAAUAUUGCCACCAUAUGCAAAAAUCUCGAAGGAAGCCAAGGAGACGAUGCAAGGCUGUGUGUCGGAAUUCAUUGGCUUUGUCACCUGUGAGGCAUCGGAGAAGUGCCGGAAGGAAAGGCGCAAGACUGUGAACGGUGACGAUGUCUGCUGGGCACUGGAAACACUUGGUUUAGAUGAAUAUGCCGGGCCAAUGAAAAGGUACUUACACAGAUAUAGGGAACACGAUCGAGCAGAUCAUAGAGCUAAUCAAGAAAAAGGUUAGGCCGAACACUGAUCAAAGAGAAGCAUGCAGCAUGAACCAUUUUCACUUAGAGGCAGCACCCAAAUAAGGAUUUAAGCUGGAGCUCUCUGAGUCCUAGAAAUUA